AUGACAUUCUCAAAGAGCGUUCUUCUGUCUCUUGCUUACCUUGCAACACCCUCUCUUGGCCUGUUCAACAUCGGUGUGCCCGGGAUCAGUUGGUCCUAUGACUAUGUUGUUGUAGGUGGUGGUACUUCUGGCCUGGCUAUCGCCGCCCGCCUGGCUGAGAAUUCGAAAGUGACCGUGGCUGUGGUCGAAGCUGGUGGACACUAUGAGAUUGAAGGGGGAAUGAUGAGCAUUAUUCCUGGAUUUGCUGCUGCAGCAAACACCGGCACAGACCCUUCUGACGAUUCUAUGCUGAUCGACUGGAACUUUGACGCUGAGCCUCUGACGGCCGCGAAUAAUCGGGUUCUCCGUUAUGCUAGGGGAAAGACCCUUGGAGGUACCUCGGCUCGCAACUAUAUGGUCUACCAUCGCGGUACCAAAGAGACGUACGAUCAGUGGGCAGAUAUCACCGGUGAUGACUCUUGGGAUUGGGACUCAGUGCUACCAUAUUUCAAGAAGAGUUGUACCGUCACUCCCCCUGACAUGACAAAGCGUGAUGCAAAUGCAAGUGUGAUCUACAGUGCAGACGCCUUUGACAACAGCCUAAAGGGGCCUCUGCAAGUUACCUGGCCCAACUUUGGGUCCCCAUUCAACACCUAUGUUGAGACUGGCUUGGAGUCAAUUGGUAUCGUUCCAGGACAAGAUCUGAACUCCGGAAGUCUUAAUGGUUCGGCCUGGGCUGCUACGACUAUUGACCCCAAAGACCAAUCGCGGAGCUCCUCCAAAACAAGCUUUCUUGGGCAAAUGCUCCUGAAGCUCAACUUCAAGGUCUAUGCGCAUACCCUGGCAAAGAAGAUCAACUUCAGUGGGACCAAGGCCAAGAGUGUCAAGGUCGAAACUUUGGGGAUUUCGUAUACUCUGACCGCGAAGAAGGAGAUUAUUAUCUCUGCUGGCGCCUUCCAAUCACCACAGUUGCUCAUGGUAUCAGGCGUUGGGCCAAAGUCGACACUGCAGAAGCUUGGAAUCAGCGUCGUGAAGGAUCUCCCAGGGGUUGGGCAGAACCUCUGGGAUCACGCUCUAUUCGGUGUUGUCAACCGGGUGAACGUUGUCACAGCAAGCAGACUGGUCAACGACAUGGCCGCUGCCGCCGAGGCUCUUGUCCAGUACGCCCUGAAAAAGGGACCCCUAACUGCCCCUGGAUUUGGAGUCUUGGGAUGGGAAAAGAUUCCCCAAACCCUCCGCACGCACUUUACUAACAGCACCCGCGCUGCCCUCGACACCUUCCCCUCCGACUGGCCCGAAGUCGAGUACCUCGGCCUCGAUGGUAUCCUCGAUGGCUGGCAUAGCGCCGAUGACCAGAACCUGGGAGACGGCUUCAACUAUGGCACCAUUGGCGCUGCGCUCGUUGCUCCUCUCUCCCGUGGAUCAGUCACCAUCUCAAGCUCCAAUACAGCAGAUGGCCCCGUCAUUGACCUCGGCUACCUCACCCACCCAGCCGACCAGGAAGUGGCCGUUGCCGCCGUAAAACGUGCCCGAGCAGCCUUUGCUGGCACCGGCAUCACCAUCGGCGAAGAGCACCGCCCCGGCCCCGACGUCCAGACCGACAAAGAAAUCCUCGAGUUCGUCCGCUCCACAAUUGUACCCGUCUGGCACGCCUCGGGGACAUGUGCAAUGGGCUCCUCCAGCGAUCCCAACGCAGUUGUCGACUCCAAUGCCAAAGUCAUCGGCCUCCAGAACAUCCGCGUUGUCGACGCAAGUAUCUUCCCCACGCUCCCACCGGGCCACCCACAGAGCACGUGCUACAUGAUCGCCGAGAAGAUUGCGGCUGCGAUUAAAAAUGGGAACUAG